AUGAACUGUGAGCAGGACUUCGCAGACGGGGGCUUGGGAGUGACCCUCACACUACGACUGCUCAUGCAUGGAAAGGAGGUUGGCAGCAUCAUAGGAAAGAAAGGAGAGACUGUGAAACGAAUACGAGAAGAGAGCAGUGCUCGGGUCAACAUCUCAGAGGGAUCCUGUCCUGAGAGGAUCAUCACCAUCACCGGCUCCACAGACAGCGUCUUCAGAGCUUUCACCAUGAUCACAUUUAAACUGGAGGAGGACCUCACUGCACUGGUGGCCAACGGCACCAUCAGCUCCAAGCCACCAGUCACCCUGCGGCUGGUGAUCCCUGCCAGCCAGUGUGGCUCUCUCAUCGGGAAGGGAGGGGCCAAGAUAAAGGAAAUCAGGGAGAGCACCGGGGCUCAGAUACAGGUGGCAGGGGAUUUACUGCCCAACUCCACUGAGCGAGGGGUGACGAUAUCUGGGAAUCAGGACUCAGUAAUCCAGUGUGUCAAACUCAUCUGCACAGUAAUCCUGGAGUCUCCACCGAAGGGAGCCACCAUCCCCUAUCGACCGAGCCCCUCACCAGCCGCCCUCCUCAUCGCAGGGAACCAGGCCUACACUUUGCAAAACCAAUACGGCAUUCCACACUCAGAGCUGGCCAAGCUACAUCAGCUGUCAAUGCAGCAAGGCCUGAGUCCUAUGGCCCAGCCGGCUCAGAAUAUCAUACCCGGGAUGGACACGAACUCUCACACGUCUCAGGAGCUGCUUAUUCCCAAUGAUCUGAUCGGCUCCAUCAUCGGCCGUCAGGGCACUAAGAUCAACGAGAUCCGGCAGGUGUCAGGAGCGCAGAUCAAGAUCGGCAGCCAGCUGGACGGGACAAGUGACCGCCAUGUCACCAUCACAGGAACACCGGUCAACAUCAACCUGGCCCAGUACCUCAUUACCUCCUGUUUAGAGACAGCCAAAUCCACAGCCCAGGCAGCGAACAUGGCAACUCCGGUCGACCUCAACAUGGCCUUCACCCAGCCAGCCUCCCCAGCUGCCUCCCCCACACCCACCAUGGCCACGAUGGGCGGCCUGACCCCGGCUCACAUGCUGGGCAACCCGUACGGAGGCAUGCCCCUCUCCGGCCUGCUGGGGGUGAAGUCCAUCCCCUAUCUGACUCUGUCCAGCCCUGCCCCCAACCCUGCAGCACCCUCCCACACCUCUCUGGCCGCCUACACCGCCAAAAUCUCCUCAGCCAACUGCGUCAAAAAGCCAGAGAGACAGAAGUUCGCUCCCUACUGA